AUGGCUGGCCCAUGGGACGGCUUGUCAUUGGACACGGGCAUUGAAAUCGGGAUGUGCGGUCGUGAAAGUGUCAAACGGCAGUUUGAAAAUGGACGUGUUCGUAACAUAAACACGAUAUCGUCAGCAUUCGGUCUGAACGAGUUGAAGCUGAGGUUUCGCGAACGCCUCACAAAAUUUAUGUACCAACGUUACCUGGCGGGUUUCACUUUCUACAAGAUGUCAAAUCUCGACAAUCGAGUCCAGAACGCUGAUCAGCUUCUUACACAGGACGUCAAUAAGUUUUGUGAAGGAUUCGUUGAGCUCUAUUCAAACGUUACAAAGCCUAUCGUUGAUGUGCUACUCUAUGUCUCUCGUCUGAGUGGCGCUCUUGGGUGGAGUGCUCCAGCUACUCUAUUUGGCUAUCUGCUAGGAGCCGGGAUAUUCCUGACUUCCAUCAGAAGACCAAUUGGACGCUUGACCGUUCAAGAACAAGCACUGGAAGGAGAAUUUCGAUACGUCAACUCUCGCCUGAUAAUGAACAGUGAAGAGAUUGCCUUCUAUCAGGGCAACGAUCGUGAGCGGACCACGAUACUCAGUUCUUUUGGAAAUCUCGUCAGUCAUCUUAGAAAACUGAUUCUUUUCAGAUUCUGUAUAGGUUUCGUAGAUAACAUCGUUGCCAAAUAUGUUGCCACGGUGGUGGGAUGGUACGCUGUUAGUCGACCAUUCUUUGACAGGAAGAACGCCGUCAUGAACACUAUGAACAAAAACGAACUUAUACAGGAAUAUUACAGCUCCGGUCGAAUGAUGUUUAAACUCGCUGAAGCACUUGGCCGUUUAGCUCUGGCAGGAAGAGAAAUGACGAGAUUGUCUGGAUUUACGACAAGAGUGGAUUCACUUCUUAACGUUCUGAAUGACAUAGAUAGCGGUGAGAAAAAAGCAGUAAAUAAAAGGGUUAACAUUUUGAGAAUAUUUGCAGGCGAACUGGUUAUACAAGACAAUGUUAUUCGAUUCGAAAAGGUGCCUAUCGUUACUCCGAAUGGCGACUUUCUCAUUGAGAGUCUUGAUCUAGAGGUACCUUCGGGAAGAAAUGUACUGGUAUGUGGCCCAAAUGGUUGUGGAAAAAGUUCUUUGUUUCGAAUACUCGGCGAACUAUGGCCUUUAUUCGGUGGUCGGCUCACUAAACCGGCUAAAGGGAAACUUUUCUAUGUCCCUCAGCGCCCGUACAUGACACUGGGAACUCUUCGUGAUCAAGUAAUUUAUCCGGAUAGACAACUUGAUAUGGUUAGAAAGGGAUAUACGGAUCGAGAUCUUGAAGAACUACUAAAAAAUGUGCAACUAUCAAAUGUCCUAACUCGGGAGGGCGGUUGGAAUGCGAUUCAAGAUUGGAUGGACGUGUUGUCUGGUGGUGAGAAACAGAGAAUAGCGAUGGCCCGUCUUUUCUAUCACAAACCACAGUUUGCGAUUCUUGACGAGUGUACUUCGGCUGUUAGCGUUGACGUUGAAGGAGCGAUGUACAAAACUUGUCGAGAAAUGGGAAUUACGCUGUUCACGGUGUCACAUCGGAAAUCGCUCUGGGUUCACCAUGAAUACUUCCUACACAUGGAUGGUCGUGGGUCCUAUCAGUUCGAAAAAAUCGGUGACAACACUACAGUGUUUGGGUCUUAA